CGCUGCACUUCCUGUGACAUUCCGUUGCAUGAACGACAAGUUGCGUGUGGAUCAACGCAUAACUCGCUUUGUUCUCCCCAUUGGCUGCAACAUCAACAUGGACGGCACGGCUCUCUUCAUUUCGAUUGCUUCGAUUUUUAUUGCCCAGAUGUCUGGCAUGACAUUGGGUUUUGGUGAAAUUGUCACUGUGUUGCUGACAUCGACUGCGGCUUCUAUGAGUUCGGCAAGUGUUCCAAGUGCUGCUUUGGUUUUGCUACUGGUUGUAUUGACGGCUAUCGAUGCACCCGUGCAGGAUGUCACAUUGUUGUUCGCUGUCGAUUGGUUUGUGGAUCGUAUUCGCACCACCAACAACAUGUUGGGUGAUUGUUAUACCGCCGCCAUUGUUGAGGAGUUAUCUCGCAAAGAGUUGAUGGCUUUGGAUGCAGCUAUUCUAUAUCAGGAAAUUCCCAUCAGCACGCCAAAUGGUCAUGUCAGCUUGGAGGGACAAACUGAAUUGGACAGUACUUGCACCAUGCCGGAUGCCGUUAUCGUCGACAUGAAUGCGGUCAUUAAUAAAGUCCAACAACAGCAGCAGCACCAACAACACCAACAUCCACAUCAUCAAAAUGGUCAUGCUAAUCAUAAAAUAUAAGCAGAA